GAACUAUAUUGUUGCGCGGAAGAUGAACGGUUGUCUUACCUGUAACGCAGAAGUUAAGUUAACUUUCCUAAAACUAGCUUAAAAGAUGUUUCACAUCUUCAGAUAGUGAUGCAGUGCGUCUAACUGCGGACAUUUCUACGAAUAGUGCGUCGCGUUACAUUAACAAGCAUCGGUUAACGUUAAAUAGUCCUCAAGUUAAUUCACUAAACAGUCAACGCUCGCUCGCUUUAAGCAACAACAACAACUAAAACCGCCCCAACUUCCCCCCACCCGGAAGACUCAGAGUUCACGUUCCCUUCGUUUGAGCUGGAAGCAGCCCGACCUGUGGCAGCAGGCUGCAUGCGGACCCGGACUGGAUGCAUGGCCGUCGCAUGAGCGCAGCGGGUGUUGUUGUUGUUGUGGGACCGAGAGCGCGCAGCUGCAGCCAUGGCUCAAACCAUGCACGUCAAUGGCAACGGCUCAGAAAGGGGACAAAGAUGCCCGAGCGCCGACGGCGAGAAGGACGCGGCGGCGCCCUACUACGUUGAAACUCCCUACGGCUACCAGCUGGACCUGGACUUCCUCAAAUAUGUCGACGACAUCGAGCGGGGCAACACCAUCAAGAAGCUGAGUGUCCACAGGAAGCCCAAAGGGGCCACACCCUCGGCGGCGGCGGCGCCGCGGGGCAGCACUAGCGGGGGCGGGGCUCCGGCCGAAUGGACCUCCACGGACUCCCUGUCCUCCUCCAACAGCGACGACAAGCAGUCACCGGUCUUCUUCGGCGGCGGGCCGCAGGUCGCCGCGCCGCUGACCCCCACCCUCUGCAGGGCGGCCUGUGAAGCCCCCCAGAGGCCGCUGCUGCUGCCGCCGCCUUCGCCGAGGUUCGCCCCCCGCCACAACCCGCAGGUGGAGAGGACCCUGAUGGAGACGCGCCUCCGCCUCGAACAGGAGCGCCUGCUGACGCAGCCGCCGAGCGAGCCGGCGGGGGGGCCCCCGCGCCGCCGCCUCGCCAGCUUCGGCGCGGGCUCCAGCAGCUCGCUGUCCUCCCACUCGGGCUCCGCGGGCCCCAGCCAGAUCUCCCCCGGCGCCCCGCACCCCCUCCCCGUCAACGGCCACCCCCCCAACGGGGACUACAGCCUCUACUACCCGUCCUCCAUGGUCAGCUCCAUCCGCCACAGCCCGCUGAGCUCCGGCGUGGCCACGCCCGUCACCAACGUCAGCCCGCUGCACCUCCAGCAGAUCCGCGAGCAGAUGGUGGUGGCCCUCAGGAAGCUGAAGGAGCUGGAGGAGCAGGUGAAGACCAUCCCCAUCCUGCAGGUGAAGAUCGCCGUCCUCCAGGAGGAGAAAAGACAAUUGGCCGCUCAGUCCAAAAGCCAAGCGGCGGGGAGCUUCCGCAAGCGCUCGUUCAGCGUCGGCAGCGCCGCCCAGAUGGAGGCGCCGGGCGCCGAGCGGCAGGAGACGGAGCUCCACAUCAUGGAGCCCGAAGCCCAGCGGCAGGACGCCCAGCGGCUGGACUGCGCCGCCGAGUUCCGCCGUCUGGCCGCCGAGGUCCAGGCGCUGGACGGCAACGCGGCCGACGCACGCGAGAGCCAGAAGUCCGUCGGCAUGGUCACCGACGAAAACAUGGCCAGCCUCCGCGCCGACCAGAGGGCGAGGGGACCCCGUUCGCGGGACGCCGCGGUGUCCACGGAGCGGCGGGAGACGCGCAGCGCGGCGGUGGGCGUGACCGAGGCCAUGCUGGGCACGAGCAGCGAGGCCGAGCGGGAGAUGGAGCUGCAGCAGCAGACCAUCGAGUCCCUGAAGGAGAAGAUCUACCGCAUGGAGGUGCAGCUGAAGGAGACCACGCACCAGCUGGAGAUGGGGAAGCUCAAGCUGGAGCUGCAGGCCGCCGGCGGCUCGGGCCGGAAGCGAGUGGACAAGGGGUCGACGGCGAGGCCGGAGACGUACGACGCCUGCGUGGAGGCCAGAGUCCAGACGCGCAGCGUGGGAGCCGGCGAGCACCUGGGACCCAGCACGCAGAGCGUCGCCGCGGGCCCCGAGACCCCGAUGGAGCGGUGGGUGGUGGGCGUGCGCGUGGAGGUGAGGGACCAGUGCGUGGGCCGAGAGGCGGGGCCCAGCGUCCGCGAGGCCGGGGUCAACACGGAGGAGUCGGUGGACCGCCUGGCGCUCUGCAGACCCAUGGCGGAGCUGAGCAGGGAGUCCAGGUCGGUGGGCUGCGGCGACUGCUCGGUGGACGUGGUCGUCCGCCCCGCCAAGACGCUGCUGUCGCGGGGCACCGACCCCGAGCGCGUCGGCACGGCGGACUCUGCCGUCACGGCGGCUCCCGAGUCGGCGACUCGGCAGACCAACACGGAGACGGAGGUGGCGAGCAAAUCCACCAACACGGAGCGGUCGGUCCGGACCGACUCCUCCACCGACACGGGGCUGCUGACCUGCGAGAAGCACACCAACACCGUCGGGACGGACACCAGGACGGUCGCCGCCGGCGAGGGGCUCGUCAGGGACGCUCACCCGGCGGCGAGGGGCCGAACGGUCGCCGUCGGGACCGGCGCGGACGCCGGGUCCAUCCUCGGGGGACCGGCUGCCGCUCGGACCAGAGAGUGCGGCGUGGGACCGGUUAGCGUCCAGGAGAACUUCCUGGUCGGGUUAAAAACCAGGAACAUAGCGAGCGGCCCCUCCCAGCCGAGCGGCAGCGAGGGCGCCGUCCGGGUGGAGGCUGCGGCGCCGGGCGGCGCCGGGCUGGACCACUACAUCGAGAGGGUCCAGAAGCUGCUGCAGGAGCAACAGAUGCUGCUGGCGGAGAACUACAGCGAGCUGGCGGACGCCUUCGGCCAGCCGCAGUCCCAGUUCGGCUCCAUCAACUGCCAGCUGGCCAGCACGCUCUCCUCCAUCAACUCCGUCAUGAAGUGCGGCAGCGCGGAGGACGUCCUGCAGCUGCAGCGGUGCGACUCCCUCAGCCAAGCGAGCGGCCAGCAGCUGUGUGCGGGGGGGCGGUCCCAGGUGGAGGCGCCACCUGCCGACCGGGCCGCUCAGCAGCAGGUGAGCGCGGCGGAGCAGAAGAGCCGCAUGGACCUGCAGAUGUCCACGGCGCUGCACGGACAGCUGUGCAGCCAGAGCACCCUGAAGUCCAUCAUGAAGAAGAAAGACGGCCGACCCGACUCCAACGGCACCAAGAAGAACCUGCAGUUUGUCGGGGUGAACGGAGGGUACGAGACGACGUCGAGCGACGACUCCAGCUCGGAGGACAGCAGCUCCUCGGGGUCGGACGAGGAAGAGGAUGAAGACGAGAAGGCGUUCGAAGGAGAAGAGGAAUAUGAGAAUGUUGAGGCGAGGAGCGUGAGCGAGGAGUUUAAACCCGUUGGAGCUGAGGAGGUGGAGGAGGAGGAGGAGGAGAAGAAGCAGGAGGAAGAGGAGAAUUCAGAGAAGCAGGAGACGAGAGAGAGGUACUCGCUCAGCGAGAAGAUGCUGUCUGCGACCAACGUCCUCAGAGCUCACCUGAGUGACCCCAAAGCUGUGAGCAGUAAAGAUCUGAGAACCUGCAUCAACACGGUGCAGCACGAGUGGUUCCGCGUGUCCAGCCAGAAGUCGGCGUCGGCCCCCAUGGUCGGCGACUACCUGGCGGCGUUCGGGGCCGUCUCGCCGGCCGUCCUGCGGCACGUCGUCAACAUGGCCGACGGCAACGGCAACACGGCGCUGCACUACAGCGUGUCUCACUCCAACUUCCUGGUGGUGAAGGAGCUGCUGGAUGCAGAUGUGUGCAACGUGAACCAGCAGAACAAGGCCGGCUACACGCCCAUCAUGCUGGCCGCGCUGGCCGCGGUGGAGUCGCCCAAGGACAUGCGCAUCGUGGAGGAGCUCUUCAGCAAAGGAGACGUCAACGCUCGAGCCAGCCAGGCCGGCCAGACGGGGCUCAUGCUGGCGGUCAGUCACGGCAGGAUGGACAUGGUUCGGGCCCUGCUGGCUCAGGGGGCCGACGUCAACGUGCAGGACGACGAGGGCUCCACGGCGCUGAUGUGCGCCAGCGAGCACGGCCACGUGGAGAUCGUCAAGCUGCUGCUGGCGCGGGCCGGCUGCGACGCCACCCUGAGCGACAGCGUGAGGAGCCCAGGACGUUCACGCCUCCUCUUUGCUCGGGUGUUUUUCUUCCAGUUAUUUUGUUUUGUUUUAAUCCCUUGUUUCUCCACCUCUUGUCUCCUUUGUCCUUGUUGUCUUCCCUUCAGGAUGAGAGCAAUGCCCUGUCCAUCGCUCUGGAAGCAGGACACAAGGACAUCGCCAUGCUGCUUUAUGCGCACGUCAACUUCUCCAAAGCCCAGUCCCCCGGGACGCCUCGUCUCAGCAGAAAGACGUCGCCGAGUCCCACCCAGAGGGGUGUGUUUGAUUAGAGGCCCCGCCUCCCUGGAGCCCUGCGCUGCUAUUGGUUCUUAGCCACAGAUGGAUGAGGACUUACACUGGAGGAUCCAACCGACCAGUGAUUCCUGGGAAUAUAUUUUUAUAUGUGUGAACGUACACAUCUGGUGCCUCCGGUCCCGUCGGAUAAUAAUCAACACAAAUUCAAUUCUAAAUGCCUUUUUUUUUGUUUUUGUUUUUCCUUUGACAACGUUUUAUGUCCAAAGCUCAAUGUUGAUCAUUCAAGAGCACAAAAACAUUGUGAUUUUUUUUUUUUUUUGCAUCAGAGCAGACAGACGGAGGAUAUUCCACCCGCAUGUUGGGAAGUACUUCCUGUAAAUAUCGCUCGCCUCACACACGUGCGCGUCCAGCGCUCCGCAGUGCACGUAGAGGUCGUGUGGACGAACGCAUCGACCAACGCUGUCCUACAACUGGAGAAAUUGUACUUUUAUACAAAUCCUUUGUAUCUAUUUAAAGAGAAGAAUCAGUAUUUUCAAUAUUUCCUGUUGCUAGUUAACGACCCACGGAGUUAUAUAUUUAUCAAAGUAUAGUUUUUAAUGCAGAUUUAUGUAUUUCAGUGUACAUACGUGGUCAUUUUUCCUUCUGUACGUCUCAUGUGUAACAUAUCUGUCCUCUAGUGUUCAUCAAGGCACUUUCACCCUCCGAUGGGAAAAGCCUCAUAUCAAUAAACAACAAAUAAAGAAUAUA